CGUGCUCGGGGUAGGCAGGCCCGGCGCCGGCCGGCGCUAGGCUGUCAAAUGACAAGUCACCUCAAGCAGCAAAGGACAAUCUGAGAGCUUUCACUGCUGCCUCACGCACCGUUAAGAGGGAAGAUGAAAUUCCAGAGACACUGCAGUCACCCAGUACCCAGGAAGCUGCAGGCGGAAUACACCAGGAACCCAAGUGCAAUCCCCCCCUCCGACAUUCCCUCGUGCAGAUCCAGAUCUUUGUCACCCAGCGAGGAGGGCUUUAGUGGCCACUCCAGCCUGCUGCCUGACGAGAUGGCCCGGAACUUACAGAAGAGCAUCAAGCACCGCACCCUCUACCUCUUAGAGCAACUGAAAGUGGAGAAGGCCAGCCGGGACCAGAAUACCGAGAGCUACCUCAAGCUGGUAUCCAAAGCCGACCGGCGCCAGGCCCUGCACAUCCGCCAGGCCUUCGAGAAGGUGAACCAGCGGGCGUCUGCCACCAUCGCCCAGAUAGAGCGAAGGCUCCAUCAGUGUCACCAGCAGCUGCAGGAGCUGCAGAAGGGCUGCCAGCCCAAGGGCUCAGUGGCAAAGGAGGAGAGCAGCCCGGACAAUGGCCAGCAGCCCUGGGAGAAGGCCCCAUUUUUAGAGCCUCCCAAGCCAGGUGGGAAAGAUGACUUAGCCACUACCCCGUCUGACAUGCCCCUCCCACUGGAGAGUCAAUUGCUGGCCUCACAGCCGGAGACGUCAUCAGAGUCGAAGGCUAACUUGCUACUGCAGAAGGUGAAGGAAGAGCUCAAAGAAGCCCAGAAAGUCCACCUUGGCCUCCAGGUGUCCUAUCAGGGCCUAAAGGAGAUGUACUUCACAGACCUGCAGCUGUUGCUGGAGUGCCUUCAGGAGGAGAAAUGCAGGCAAGCGCUGAUGGCAGAACUGGUGAAUGAGCACCUGCAGCGGCACCUGGAUGAAAUUUACUGUCUCAAGCAGAAUCUGGCCUAUACUGAAGAGAAAAUGGCCUAUCUCUCCUAUGAGAAAGCCAAGGAAAUAUGGGGCCUGUGUUUUUAUCACCUGCAGGAUGUCAUGGAAACUUUCCAGUGUCGUAUAUCCAAGCUGGAAACUCUACAGCAAGUGACUCAAGUGAAGAUGACAGCGAACUUCAGACACUGUCCCCAGAAGCUUGUGUUCCGAUUUCUGAACCUGCUCCUCAUGCUGGCCACCAUCUUCUUGGUCUUCUUCUCUACUGGGUGUGCCUUUCCGUUGACACUGUUCAAGUCACGCCUGCGCACGUGCACCGUGAUGGUGCUGAUUGGGGUGGGGGCCCUGGCCUGGCAGAAGUGGCAGGACUGGGAGGUCUGGGUCGCCUCCACAUGGAGACUGUAUUCCAAGGACGCCAAGCCUCUACCAGACGGGCCUUAAAGGGUCUGGGUGGGCCAGCUCCUCUCUUUUCCAGGUAUCAGGGCAUCCAGCCAACCCUCCCCAGGAGGCCACUUCUCAGAUCUGGCUUUCAGAUUUUGUCCACACCAGCCCCAUGAGAGGUGUGUGGGUGCCCACCCAGCUCGCAGUUCCCUUUCUCACAAUCCUUCCCCACCAUCUGCAGACUUUGGAAAAGAUUAAAGUCUCCAGAAGUACA